AUGGAUUGGGAUACAGGGUCGAAAUUCUCUAUUAUAAAUACAAAAUUUUGGAAACAAAUUGGAUCACCACAAUUAAAACGUUCACCACCUCUGAAAGCAUAUGGAAAUAAUGAUUUUAAACUUAAACCAAGAGGACUAACAGAAGCAUCAGUGGAAAUACAGGGAAAACAAAAAAUUCUUCCUGUCAUUGUCAUGAAGACUUCAGACCCUAUGCUGUUUGGAUUAGACUGGAGUGAAAUGUUUGGAAUGGAAUUUCCGGAAGCUGUAUAUUCUAUUAAAGCAAUUAAUGAACAACAGACACUACAAAACAUCCUAACAAAUUACGCAACACUUUUCAACAACAAACUUGGUAAAGUAAAAAACUAUCAGGUCAACAUUCACAUUAAACCGGGAACAGAAGCAAAACAUUUUCCACCACGUCCUGUAAAAUUCAGUAUCAAAAAGAACAUUGAACUGGAACUAGAUCGAUUAGUGCAAGAAGGGAUUAUCACAAAAGUGGAUCCUAACAUAACACCCGUAGAAUGGUCAACUCCAACAGUUAAUGUCGUAAAACCUAAUGGUCAAAUUCGUAUUUGCGGUGAUUAUCGCGUCACAAUCAACCCUGCAUUAAUAACACACCUACAUCCAGUACCACUUUUUGACCAAUUAAGACAACAGCUUGCAAAUGGUGAAAAAUUUUCCAAAAUUGACUUAAAGGAUGCAUAUCUUCAAUUUGAAAUUGCCCCUGAAUCAAAAAAGUAUCUUACAAUAACAACACAUAAAGGAUAUUUCCAAUACAAUCGAAUGCCCUUCGGUAUUGCAACAGCACCAUCAAUUUUUCAACAUUAUUUAGAAAAACUACUAGACAACAUCCCGAAUACGGCCGUCUACUUCGAUGAUAUUGCAGUAACAUGGAAAAAUGACAGCGAACACCUAAGUACUCUGACGUCAGUCUUCAAGACAUUGUUAGAAUUUGGCCUCAAAGUUAACUUAAAAAAAUGA